CCUGAAAACAUUUUUACUGUUCGAAAACUUGAUCUCGGUUCUUGUGUCAGGGAAUUUCGGUCAGGUUCUCAGUGCAGUCAUUUCCAUACAUUAGAAAUUUAGUGUGGCAUUUUCAUUUUGCCAUUUGUGUAUGUUUUUUCUGUAAUGGAGAUGUCACUGCGUUCAUGCAUCAGUGACUUUUUUUUCUGUUCCAGUGAGAUAUAUAUAUAUAUAAAUUGAUUGACAUCCUGCUCAAAUCCCACUUUAGUUCAAAUGUGACCUCUAUUUAUGCAGGCAACUCAGUUCAAGCCAUUCUGGAUUCAAGGUUGAGACACUCUUAGGAAAAACGUGUGUUUUUAGAGAUUUUAGAGACACAGCUGUAGGGUAGACCUCACCGUAUUGAUUUUCAUUAUGGCAGAUGCUCUUGACGUCAGGCUUUUGUGCAGGUUAAUGUAGAGAGCGUUCCCAUGAUAGGACAAGGUGCAAGCAAGUGAUGUCUCUCGCAGGGGGUUAUAUCGAACCUUGGGUCCUGUUGUUAAAGAAGGACAUAAAUAGAGGAGUAGAGAACUGGACCGUUCAGAUUUGUUAAGAUCUUCUGAUCAAAAACCGUUCUUGAUCCGACAAAAAUGAUAUCAAGAAUGUGGAUUUUAUGGACGUGCGCAGUGAUAUUUUUACUGGUCAGAGAGUGUCAUUGCAUUCAAAAGACCACUUCAUCUAAGAACUGGGGACCACAGUCAAUGCUUUACCUAAAGGGAAAACAUGGAAGACGGUUUGUUCCUGACAUUGAUGAUAUUAUUUCAAGUUCAGGGUUGAAAAGCUGGUACGCAGUUCUCAAAGGGUUUCAGAAACUGAAGUCGCUGAAUGCAAGAAAACAAUCAGGAUUGUUCACAAUGCACAACUUUGUUAUCCGUUAACUUUUUGUUUGCUGGGUCUGUACAGUGUGCCAUAUUUUGUAAUGUUUAAGAUUCAAAAUAAAUCUAUUUAUGUCAAAUACGUGGGAGAAUUUUCAUUUAUUUUACUGUUUAGAUAGGGCUUUAUAUC